GGAGAUAGAACGAGAGCAGCAUACCUGUUGGUGGAGGAAGCAACGGUAAAGCGGGGAGGGUCCAGCCAAAAACAGCCAAGAAAUACAAGAAAGGAGCGUCAGCGGCGCGGGGAGCAGGUCACGAAUUCUUACGGGGGGUUGCAGCGGGUUGCUCGCUGCCGGCAACGCAACGGUGCUCGUCGCCGGCCUUCUCGGCCCCGUGCUUCUCCAGAAACCGGUGGACGUCGUCCGUGUGUGCUACAGAGGCCGUCAUGGCUGCGGUCACCGCGCCGUCUUGGAUAACACUCGCCGCCGCCGUGUUUGUCGUCGCAACCGCCCGGCUGUCCGCAUCGGCAAACCCAGCAGAUGUUGCCUGCGGCUAUCCAGGAUGCCCUGCUCACGCCACUGUCACCUUCUCGCGUGACGAUAUGGCCCCCGGUACAGUGGCCACGUACGUCUGCGACCCCGGAUGCGAGCUCCUAGGACCCGGCCGGAAAGUCUGCACCGGCAAUGGAACCUGGACUCCCGACGGACUGCCUUUCUGCGUGCUGAACGUUGCCGCCGGCAAGGCCCCCCUGCAGUCUUCAACGGUGGCCGGCGGAGUGCCCCAGAAGGCUGUUGACGGCAGUACCAGUGCCUUCUUCACACCGGACACCUGCUCACUUACUGAACCAGAACGGUCACCCUGGUGGUACGUGAACCUCCUCGAGCCGUACGUGGUGCAACUGGUGCGCAUCGACUGGGGCCGCUCCUCGCCCGCGGGUCCCGACGGGGCUGGCGGCGCCAACACCGUGGUGGUGCGGGUGGGUAACAACCGGCCCGACCUGGGUGCCAACCCCGUGUGCAACCGGUUUACGGGCUCGCUCGAGGAGGGCAGGCCGCUGUUCCUGCCGUGCGCGGCUCCCAUGCCCGGCGCGUUCGUCAGCAUACAUCUCGAAGGUCUGGGUCCGCUGUCGCUGUGCGAGGUGUUCGUGUACACGGACCAGGCGCUGCCGGUCGAGCGGUGUCCAUCUUUCCGCGACCAGCCGCUCGGCUCGGCGGCCACGUACCACGGCAAGUGCUACACCUUCUACAACAACCAACCGGCGCCGUUCGAAGCAGCACGGCGGUUCUGCGAGCAGCGGGGAGGCUCGCUCGUGGACGAGACGAGUCCCGCGCUCCAAGGCUUCCUCAGCUGGGAGCUCUACCGGCGACACAGGCACGACACCGAGUCGGGCCAGUACUGGAUGGGCGCCAACAGAGACCCACAUGAUCCGACCAGCUGGCGCUGGCUGAACGGCCGUGAGGUGACCAUCUCCUUCUGGAAUUCUCCCAGCAACUCCAUCCUGGAGAACAACUGCUCUCGCUUCGACGGCAACCGUGGAUGGUUGUGGUCUAGCACCAACUGCGACCUCCCGCUGAACUUUAUCUGUCAACACAGACCUACCACGUGCGGAAAGCCACAGCGUCCCCCCAACUCAACCGUGCUAGCACGGAACUUCGAAGUAGGCUCCGUGAUCGAGUACCGCUGUGCGCCUGGACACCUUCUCGUUGGUCCUAACAUCAGGACAUGCUUGGGGAACGGAUUCUACAGCGAGUUUGCGCCGAAAUGCAGAUACCUCGAAUGCGGACCACCGGCACCCAUCCCGAAUGGUUCUCUGAACCUCGUCAAUGGCACCCGGCACUACAUGAGCACUGUCGAGUACCACUGCCGCGAGGGAUUCGUCCUGAUUGGCCGAAGCCUGCUGGUGUGCGACGUCGACCAGCGAUGGAACGGACCACCGCCCAGAUGCGAACCGGUCAUGUGCCGACCUCCGCCAGCCGUUGCGCACGCCCUGGUUCGCCUCUCGGCCCCCUCGACCAUCUUUGGCACGGUGGCCGAGUACGACUGCGAGCCGGGCUACCAACUCAGCGGCAACCCACACCUGCUCUGUGGACCCACCGGCUUCUGGCAGGGAGACAUGGCCGUCUGCCUCCGGCCAACGACGCCGAGACCUGUUGUGACGACAACGACAACGACCACAACGACUACCGAGGAGCCGCCACCGUCACCCUCCAUCAACGGCCACAGUGCAGGUGGCAGCGAGGGCCCCAUGAUCGUGCCGACAAGGUUCCAUCCGGACUUCAUGCCCGACCGUCCCGAUCAGCGGCCCACGUUCGUAACCACGACAGUGGCCUCACCACGGCCCACGGCUACGGCCACGGUCCGGGCGACGCAGCGUCCGCGACCUCAGCCCACGACGCCCUCGCAACCCCCGCGCAGGCCGGCAUUCCGGCCUGCCGACCACGACGUGGCCGGGUCGUCGGGACACCGGACCGUGCUGGCGCCGCCGGACCUUCACAGUGGCUUCGGCGAGGACUCGGCAGCACGCGCGGGAGCUAAGCUCAACAUGGGGGGCUUCAUAGCGUUGGGUGUCUUUGGAGGAUUUGUCGUCCUCGCUGCAGUCAUCACCAUCGUCGUCAUCGUCAUACGACGUGCGAGGCGAGGAGACUGCGACGGCGUCGACCGCUGUCGCGGCUCCAAGAUGCCGCCGGGUGGCGGGGGCUCGAGCGGCUGCUCGUCGCUGGAGCACUCUCCCGUGGGCGCCUACGCCGAGCACGGUCUGCAGAGGCACUACAAGCGCGCGUGGGAGAACCUCCGCUACGAUGCCGGCGCCGCGGGCCACAAGGCGCCGCGCAUCGAGACGCUAGACCACCCGCACGUGACGUCACGCACUCUCGAGGGCUACCGAGAGGCCAACGAGAUCACCGUGAACGACGUGGCCGCGCUGUACGGUCGGCCACACCGGAGGUGAUUGUGGCCGCCGAUGACCGAUGGACUAGGGACGUUCACUCUCGGCAGAGACGUUCUGUGUAGUGGACGGGCUUCGCGAAUUUCGGCCACGAGCCUAGGAAUUUGCGCAGACGUGUUGCAAGCACUCUUGUAAGCGCAUCCCGUGUGUGUGCCCGAGAUGUGCGGGUCUUGUGCUGCUCGGUGCGUUGGCGGUAGUUUAGAAAAAAGAAAUCGAUCAUGACAGUUUCUCAAACAACCACUGAGCACCAUGAUAAUGGCGGAGAAGCACAUUGCGCGUAGAAGGAACAAGCUUGUCGUACUUGUCGCUGAAUGAAUCUUGAGCGUGUUGAAUGUUGUUCGGAGAAGGUUUUUUUGCCGCGCAGAGCGGAAAUACUUCGGCUCACAUGCGACUGGACAGUCGAAAAGUUGAGCGAUAUCUUACGUUUCUAACUAAAACCUCUUUGAUGCCCUGAAACCUUGAUUACUCUAGUUAGAUCGCAGCAUAAUUUUCAGCUCAGCCAUGCGAAAAUUUCGACUUUGUGCGUGUGACCCAACUUCAUUACAUUGCUCCACGGUCAACUAUCUUCAUGCAAUUUGGUUGACCGCGGUGUUAACGUUGUCGUCGAUUUCGUAACAAAGACAAGAAAGAACCCAGCAUGUGUAAGAUGGGUUGCGGUAGCUUACUUUCAUCAUUUCAGUCAAUUACAAAGCGACUUCUUAGCGGAAACGAGAGGUAAAAGAAAUGCUGUAACAUUUAUUAAAAAAUUGUACGUGUCACACGAGGAUGAAGUUACUUGUUUUUGUAGCCGAGAACCGGAAAUGAUUUGUUUUCUUUAUUUAUUGAAUCAUGGUUUCAAAUUAAUGUGCCCAUAGUGAAAUGCAAGUUUCACAAAUGUUUAUAGCUAUAGCAAACGAUCUUCGCUUUGUUUUGUGUUAUUAAGCUGCGCAUUUAGAGUGCUUGGUGGCAGUACGCCGUUUUCAAGCGCAACCUGACCUUCUGACUACGUACAUUACAUUGUAGGUUGUCGCAGAGGGGUUUCCUUUUUGUAUAAUGCAUUACAGUUCCACUGCGCACACCCUCCGAGAAGCAGUAUAUAGUGGCUGUCAACAAAUUCUUACGUGUUGGUGUUUCUUCUUCUUGUUCCUCUUCCUCUUCUUGUUCUUCUUCUUUUGCGUCGAAACAGGCAGUUCAACAGGCACGUUAUCUCAUGUGGACGGAUCGUUUAUGUGCGAAGCAAAAUGUCGCGCUAUUCGGCUUUCACGUCACUUAUUGGUGACUUGCUGUUCAGUUUACGGUAACAUAGGAACUAUAUUAACGGCAAUGUGGUAUUGUUUUCUGACACAUCAAGUACUGACUAGAACGUGCUCUAAUCAAAGAAUGUGUGAGAUGUUCUCUCCUACCCUUUCUUUUUUGUUCGGACUUAGGCACAGAAAGUGCCGAAAAUGUGUAAUUUUUCAAGACGUGCAUGGUAUUGGUGUUGUGGACGAAAGUAGAUGCGUGCAUGUGUGAGUGUUCGUAUUUAAUGCCGUAUUUGUCCUCAUGCCUUAAAAGUGCUUAUUAUACCCUUGUUGUUCGGGUAUGCGUGUUACACUGACGAGUUGUCAGUGUAACAGCAAUUAGUUGCGAGCCAAUGAUCGUGUUUCAGUAUAAUAGAAAUGGUAAAGGAAUUUAAAUGACCCGAAAUGCCGUGUGAUCACCAACGGUCAAGAUGUCUCUCCCAGCUCGCCGGGAGAACAGUUCCAGAAAUGGUUUACAAAAGAGUAGCUGUUUCCGCCGUCACUAUUGUUGGAGUCAUUAGUUGAUGAACAUGUUAGGAGAGGCAUGACCCUAUGUGCAGGAAACAUUGUCCAAUUUAUACGUCUUUCCAAUAAUUAAUACAAUGGAAGCAAUGAAUAAACCAGACGUAUAGUCGCCUAACUACAGGCAGCUGCAGCCUGCAAGAUGUAGGCAUUGACAAACGCUCAUCAUCUUUGCAUACGCCAACGGCAACUCGUAAAGAGCGUGAAGAGUCUGGAAAGGACACAGCGAAAAAAAAAACUUCACCAUACUUAUUUUCCUUCUAGUAUUGGUCGCGUGAGCACAUCGCUAUAUUUAUGCCUACUUAACGAGGCUUCGUCUUCGUAUUAUUUAUUCGCGCAUGUAUUUAUUCUGUCAUACACCAUUCUCACGUAUUCUUCGAUCAUCGAGUUUUUGCCAUUAUUCCAGACGCUGAGUAAGUCUGUCUGUAAGAUGUGUCCUUGCUUACGAGCAAUGAUCUCGGAACCAUGCCGCCUUAUGAUUCUGCCGUCUAGAAUAGUCGUAAACAAACAAUGCGGGAAAGCGUCCCCCUUUUUUCAGAUUGUCUUUUGUUAGUUUUUAUGAAUGGAAACAUUUAGAUUGGCCUAUCGUUUAUUUCAUCAGAAAAAGCAAGGUUUCGACAAACUUCGAGAGCUGUACCAGCGUUCAAAAUCCUCCUAUUUCGUAGCUUUCCUCGAAUAAAAAAUAAUGAACGGAUAUUGGUGCUACCGUAUCGUUCGUUUAAUACAUCCUGGGGCGAUGCGAUAGUGUUUCUUUAGAAAUAAUGAAUUUUCUUUUUUUGGGAGCAAUUUUUCGAAACAUAUCAACUUCUUGUGCUCGAUUCACACUGCAGCUAUACAAGUACCUUGGGGCUGCUUUCCCUUCAAACUUUUACAUCGCUAAUAUUUUAGUUUCCUGUUGCAGUGGCUGCAGCUCCAACGAUACGCGUACUGACUAAGUCUUAAGUGUAUAUGACAAAAUGUUUCGAGCGUGUACAUAGUAAACGAGUGCUCAAUAUGCCCCUUUCUUAUCUAGAGUGGAACAAACGCAGGGCACUGUUGGAAGCAGCUGCUAACAUUGCAGAUAACCAUUGUGAGGGAUUCUGUCCUUCUGCUUGACUGAUGUAAAGCUGGCAACUCUAAAGUUGCGAAAGCAUAGCUUCCUUUCUGGUUAAGCCGUCCGAUUACGAUCAGCAUGCUUUCUCCGAUUUCUUUCUUUCUUUUAACUUUUUGCAAACAAAAGCACUCAUUCAUUGGGCGUUUGCUCCUGAUGAAAAAUGUCACAAAUUCUGUCUGUGUGUACAGUUGUAUAUCAGCGCUGGCGUUACAAUUGUGUAUCUUAUUUCGUUUAUUUAUGUUUUGUAAUAAAGCUGAGUUCCUACACGAGU